UGUUUGUGCGCUCUCUACCUCAGGAAAUCCCAGUAUUGCAAUUAGCAAAUAAUGGGUUCAUACUGGGGUUUUAAUUUCUCUAUGACAUAUCUGCUUAUUCUCAUUUGAACGUUAAAGCGCUUCAGUCUGCAGGGUGAGAAGAAGAGAUGGCAGACGGUCCGCAUGAAACCACCGCAUUCAUUCAUAAUAACACACCAGCCAAAAUCAGAAGUGGAAGGCUCUUCUUUGCAGUGUUUUCUGCAGUACUGGGCAAUUUUAAUUUUGGGUUUGCCUUGGUGUUUCCCUCCCCUGUGAUCCCACAGCUUAAAAAGGGUAAUGACCCUCGGCUGCAAAUGGACAUCCAUCAGAUAUCAUGGUUUGGUUCAAUUUUCACCCUUGGAGCAGCUCUGGGGGGUCUUGGUGCCAUGCUGUUGAAUGACAGAGUUGGGAGAAAACUAAGCAUCAUGCUGUCAGGAGUGCCAUCUGUUGCAGGUCUCCUUGUGAUGGGGGCCGCACAAAACUUUUGGAUGUUAUUAUGGGGCAGAUUUCUGACUGGCUUAGCUGGUGGUAUGACUGCUGCUUCCAUUCCUAUAUAUGUGUCAGAGAUUUCACACCCAUCUGUGAGGGGUGCGCUGGGUUCAUGUCCUCAGAUUACGGCUGUCUUUGGAAGUCUAGCUCUCUACGCUCUUGGCUUGGUUCUGCCGUGGAGGUGGCUGGCUGUGGCUGGGGAAAUUUCUGUCGUGAUCAUGAUGAUUUUGCUAUGCUUCAUGCCAACAUCCCCACGUUAUCUCAUCAUGAAAGGAAACAAAACAAAAGCAGUUAAAUCGCUUGAAUGGCUCAGGGGCACCAAUUCUGAUUACUUGACUGAGUUCAAUAAGAUUGAGCGAAGCAUUAAUUCUCAGCACGCACAAUUGAGUGAUCUUAGAACGCCUUUAUACUAUAAACCAAUCCUAAUCUCAGUCUUCAUGAGAUUCCUGCAGCAGAUGACUGGUAUAACCCCAAUUCUAGUAUAUCUGGAACCCAUCUUCCACAUGACAGCUAUAUCAUUGGAACCAAAAUAUGAUGCUGCAUUAGUGGGAGUUGUAAGACUGAUUUCUGUUGCUAUUGCAGCCAGUUUGAUGGACAAAGCAGGUCGAAAAGCUCUCCUCUUCACAUCAGGGUUUUUGAUGUAUCUGGCCAUGCUCACAAUGACCAUGUACACCCACAAAACAUCAUGCUACCAAGGCAAUCUAACCUUAACACAGGGCAUGAGUGGCACCUAUGAAGCCUCAAUGGGCCCUGCCUUCGAUCCAGUUACUCUAAUCCCACUCAUCAGCACUAUGGUCAUUAUAUUUGGUUAUGCUAUGGGUUGGGGUCCAAUCACAUGGCUGCUAAUGUCUGAGAUUUUGCCUUUGGGUGCGCGUGGAGUCGCAUCUGGUUUGUGCGUUGGUGUUAGCUGGAUCACAGCCUUUGUUCUGACACAACUCUUCAUGCAUGUGGUGGAUGCAUAUGGACUCUUUGUACCUUUCCUGUUCUUCUGUGUCAUCUCGGUAGUGAACAUAAUUUUUACUGCUAAAUGUGUGCCAGAAACCAAAGGCCGAACUCUGGAGGAGAUUGAAAACUAUUUCAGGACUGGACGGAGCUUCACCAUUCAUGAUCCUUAAAAUGGUCAUAUACCUGUAUAUUCAUCCACUCAAGCAAUAGAGCUGGUAUGGACUCCUCAGGUUUUGUGUAAACAUGACGAUCCAUGCGAUCAUAGCAUAAUUUGAGAAUGUUCCAAAGAGCAUCUUGUGUGUGCUUUAAUAGAAGCAAGGAAAUCUCAGCUUUUGUAAAAAUGAGUUAACAUGGUCAAUGGCACAAAUUUGCUCAUUUUAUUAGUAAAUUUGUAAUAGUUCAGAAUCUUAAAUAUGUCUUAUUCAUUUUACAUCAUAUCAUUUCUUUGUUUUAAAUUGUUCAACAUUUCCCCCAAAAAGAUAUAAUGAUGGGUAAAAGGCAUGCAACACUCAUUGCUGGACUAAAUUUUAAGAAUGCAUUGUUAAAAUACAGUAAUAAUAAAAUAACUAUAAUUAUUCUUAGCAGUCAUUAGGCAGGAGCAGCUCAAUCACAAGUGUCUAGCAAUGUUGACACAUGAUAUGCUCGCCUGCAGCAUGCCAGUGGCCCUCUGCUUUUGCCUCUGGUGAUGUUUAAUAUAUAUAUAUAUAUAUAUAUAUAUAUAUAUAUAUGUAUGUAUAUUAUUUAUUAAUAUAUAUAAUAAGAUCUCGAAGGUAAAUAUAUACACCCAGAAAGAGAUGAACAAGAGAGAUAGUCAGUGAUUUCAACUAAGUAAUUUCUUUAUUAUGUUCCUCUGUCUGACUUGUUAAUGUACUGUAGGCUUGUGUAAAUAGGAUGUAGAUAUCACACAAGAAAUUAUUUUUUUUAAUUUUUUUACAGUAUGUGCAAUAAUCUGUUAAUGCAUCAUAUGGCAUCCACUUAUUUGAACAUUAGAAGGGUUGUAUACAGUAGGAUCACGAGUGCACAAAGUCCUUAUGUAAAUCAGAAAUGGAUCAAUUAAGUUAUAUGUAAAGAUACAGUCUCUACCACUUUCUCAUGUUAUAAGAUCAUGUUAUUGGACAAAGCACUUCUCUUUAACUGUUCCUCUUGUUGGAAUUGUUCCCAUCAGUGCAAACCAAACUAAACCUUUAUUGCACAACUUGUGCUAGUCCAGGAACAAAAGUGCAAUGAUAUUAGAGAAGUUCCCAUGAUUCACAUGGGUAGAGACCACUGACGUUCAGCUAGACUUUCAUUCCAUUCCAGUGCAUGACAAUUACAAAACACGACCUGCGAAAAGAGCAGUCUGUCAAAGAAUAGGAAUACUGAUCUUUUCAGUAUUGUUAAUAAUUAAUAAGAAAAAUAUUAAAGCAAUAUUCUGGGUUUAAUACAAGUUAAGCCCAAUCAGCAGCAUUUGUGGCAUAAUAUGGGUUAUCACAAAAAUCAAUUUUGACUUGCUCCUCCUUUUCUUUAAAAAAGGCAAAAAUUGAGGUUACAGUGAGGUACUUACAAUGGGGGCCAAUUUUUUUUUACGUUAAAAUGCUCACUUUUUCAAAAGUAUAACCACAAGACAAACAAUAUGCGUGUAAACAUGAUUUUAGUAUGAUAAAAUCAAUUACUAAACUUUUCUGUGUUCAACUUCAUUGCCAUGACGAUGUAAUGUCAAUGUAACUGUACUCAACAAACCCUAAAUUAACUCUACAGCUCAAAUAAUACACGAGUUUUAACAGAAGAAUUAAUGUAAGUGAUUUUAUAAAAUUAUAAGCUUCACAUUUCUGCAUUUAAACCCUCCAAAAAUUGGCCCCCAUUCACUUCCAUUGUAAGUGCCUCACUAUAACCUCUAUUUUUGCUUUUUUUAAAGAAAACAAGGGACAAGUCGAAAUAUAUUUUUGUGGUUAUAAGCAUUAUGCCACAAAUGCUGUCGAUUGAGCUUAACUUGUAUUCAACCUGGAAUAUUCCUUUAAGCACCCAAUGGAUUGGAAAUUGUCUUGCUUAUAUUCUAAAAAGUACAAACAAAUAAAAAACAAAAGGAAUGAUUGUCUGCUAAAGAUCCAUUUCACUCUAAGAUAAAAACUUUGUCAUUACCAAUUUGGAUUUCUGCUUAGUUUUAAAGAUGCAGGCCAAGUCUUAAUUCCAGGUUGAUCCAGGGGGAUUGUCUCUGUCUUAAGUUCAUGGUGGCGUUUUAUGGCAAUAUCACAUGAAAGCCAUGCAAAUCAAUUCUCCUGGCCCUAGUUGUGUGGCGAAAAAGCACUGUACUCAAAGCUAUAAACAAUUUCGGUACAGUAUUUCUGUUGUUUAUCUAUUUAUUUACAGUUUUUGUUUGUCUUUCAAUCAUUCCAAUGAAUUCUCAGAUCUUUUAGCACAACCCAUUUGAUCAGCUCUGUGUCAGUCAACAAGCAUAUUUUCCAAGGGACACACUCAUUUCCAAAGGAGCUUUCUUUUUUAUUGAGAACAAUAUACUGCAUCCUCUCAUUAACAGCUUUGAUGAUUCCUAUUUUUGCUUUCAUGAUACCACAAUGCUUCCUGUAAAUAAUCAUUGAAACUGACCUUGCCACACCAAUGAAUGGCAGAUUCAUGCAGUCAGCUUAAUACGAAUGUAUUGUUAUUUACCUGCUGAAAAUCAUAAUUUUUUUAAAUUUAUUUUUUAAUUUAUUUUUUUACAGUUUAUUAAAUCUACUUAUAAAAAAGUUUUUUUCUUACCUGCAUCAGUUACUUGGAAAUAUCUAGAACCAAAAUUAGAAUUCAUUUUUAUUUGAUCUUAAAGAGCAUCUAUUAUGGUUUUUAAACGUUCCUAAUUUUGUAUGUCUCAUACAAUAGAUAUACAUGCAUCCAAGGUCAAAAAACACUUUAAUUUGCUCAUAAUUUAAAUUGCAGCAUUACUUGUUUUUUCCCAGUGUCAAAAACGACUCGUUCAAUGAUCUGUUCUAAAGGAUUCAUUCUAAACUCCUCCUUUCAGAGAGCCUACUCUGCUCUGAUUGGUCAGAUGUCCGCUUACAGCGCGUGUCGGAAAGGAAACGCCCACUACCAUAUCUGAGUUUCAGCUCUGUCUGAAAAAAUUUCUGUUUUACCUUACCACGUGGGUUAGCCGGUUAGCAGAGGCUAACAGCUAACAGCGUGCACUGGCUGUACACGUAUACAACUCAAAACUAUGCAUUUGGAACACUCGGUAGAAAAUACAUGCAUAAAUAAUUAAUCAUAUUUACAGGUUGUGAUCCAGUGCCGCAAGAUGGUCCAAAUAAAGUGGGUACGGCCCCAUGUUUAAUAAAUAAUCGUUUUGCAAAUCCCGCGUUGACUUCAGCUAGAUUGGAGAUGCAGUCGUCAGUGAAAUGAUGGGAACACAAAUGAAGGUCGGAGUUGAACUGGUUUGGUAUCAUUUUAAAAAUGAACUCUAACCACCGAUGCUUUACAUCCUCAUCCUUUGGAAGUAUAUGCAAAGUGGUUUUGCACUGGCAGUGCAAAAAACAGCGUCUUCUAGACAUGGUGACAACAGGAACCUAACUCUUUCAGGGCAACUACUACUGUAGUGUCUGAGGGUGGGUCAAAGCUCUUUGCAAGCAGCCAAUGAAGACCAAAGGCAGGUUUUUUUGUUACCAAAUUAUGUAGGUUAGUACAGGAAGUAAGUCUGGAAUUACUAACGACUCGUUUCAGGUGAUCACAAUCAGUUCUUUCUUUUGGGAGUCAAUAACUCCAUUUGUCGUGCACUCUGAUUUUUUAAACUUGCAGACUUUUUUACAUUCAUAAACAGCUAUAUAUCACACUACAUGAAAGGUAAUAUUUGAAAAACUAUAAUAGGUGCUCUUUAAUAACCCAGCAUGUGACCAGAUUAGCAUAGGAUCUUUAUGUCCUUGCAUGUUCAAAAAAGCCUUUAAAAGGAAAAUAAUUCAUGUGAUGUGAAGAAUGCUCAGCUUUAAGCAGCUUUAUUGGACUGCCUUGAAUGAAGGGUUGCCAAAAAAAGAUUUAAUACACAAGUAUUAGGCUGACGUAUACUGAAUGUAAUAUAUAAGGGUGUUAAAUCUUACAUUACGUAUAGCAUAAACCGGGUUUAUGGAAGACUGAAACCUGCCAUAUUUUGAUUUAUAGAUUUUUCAAAGUUUGUGUACAU